CCUCGAUUCUCUUACGCACUGAUGCAACUGCGUCGUUGACUGCGAUUGUUUUUUAGGGUAAGGAAAAGCACGUGCUGAACAUGGCAGAUGAUUUGUAUGCGUUACUAGUCUUGUCCUGCCUGAUCGUGUCUACCAUGGCAGUAACCGACAAGGAGAUUGACGAAUUUCUUGAUAUCUGCAUCGAUUCUAAAUACCACAAAGAAAAACCAGGUCCGGAGAGUGAUUUUUUUAAUACGACGUUUCAUUGCACCCCGUGGAAGAACCACGCUUGUUGCACGUCGAAUACAACCGACAGCAUUCGAAAAGACGGAACUCUCUCGCUGUAUAACAUGCACUGGGAUCAGUGCGGUAGAAAAAUGUCGCCUCAGUGCCGUAGAUAUUUCGAGGUCGACACUUGUAUGUACGAAUGCUCGCCAAACAUGAAACCAUGGAUCGUUGUGGACCCUAAUUCUAAAAAGACCCGCAAGGAACGCUUUCAAGACGUGCCCAUAUGCAGCGAGGACUGCGAUGCAUGGUUUGAUGCCUGCAAAGACGACCUCACCUGCUCAGACAACUGGGGAGACUUCAAAACAUGGAACUGGACAAGCGGCAUGUGUAAGUUGGAGUGCAAAACUUUUAAGGAAUAUUUUGAUAAUGCCAAGAAAUUCUGCGAGAAACUUUUUAACUACUCAUGGAAGUACACUAAAGGGGAAUUAGGCAUAGAUUGCAUGACACUGUGGCCGAAUGGUACAACAAAUUUCAACAAGAGGGUCGCUCGUAAACACGCUGAAGACAUGCUUUCCACGAAAUCAUCGGGAUCAAAGGUUGCCGUUCAAUCUUUGACAGUGAUUUUACUGGCUGGGCUGUGUUAUUAUCUUUAAUUGUGCUGAAUGCGUGACGUUAUUACAAACUGUGUUUCUCUCACCAUACUAUGCGUGCUCGCUAAUUUUGACAUUCAUCUAUUUUUUUUCCAGUAAAUUAACUAAUCUAAGUUUUAGUUAAGAAUAUACGAAAGUCAUAUAUUUGAACUGCGGAUAAAGACGUGAAUGAAAGUGAUCCUCGCAGUAAUGUGCACUACUUAGGCAGUAGUGAAAAUAAGGCCUGAAAAAAAUUCAGGCCUGUACGGGAUCUAAGUUUUGUUGACAGCAGUGUUAUAUAAGGUUUCGUUGUGUUCUCUGUUAUACAGAGUUGGCAUAAACUCAAAAGAUAUACAAAGGUUAAUUACAUCUGCGAUUUGGUAAACAACUUUUGUUUGGAAUUCGAAAUUCUCUCAGCUAAAUUGUGCAUUUAAUUCAAGGUAGUAAGCAUUCAGACUGCUGAUUAAUAAUGUAUACUAAAUGAUUUUUAGUGCAAUUUGUUGUGAAAAAGCAUGAGUAAUUAUUUCCCAAAUCACAUGUUCUAUAAUGCAUUCAGGAAAUAUUAGUCAAUUGUGCAUUGUGGAAAGUAUAAUCAUUCUGGUGAUUGUGGAGAUGUGCACAUUCUGAUCGGUUGAAGAUUGCAUUAUGUUUUGCUAUAAUCACCUGACAUGAGGUGAUUAUAGCAAUGGCACCAAAUUUCAAAGUAGCAGCCCCUCUUUUUGUCACUGUUACCAAGGAAGUCAUAAAAUUGAUUAAAGAAGAUUCAAUACCCAAGAGCGCAAAAGAUUCUACUAAGUUUGGUGUGACACUUAAAAGAAAGAUAUGAAGUUUUUGCUGAUGGAAUUAAAUCAACCUGUUAAGUUUUAGUGGAGACUGGCUGCUUAUCUCGAUACAAGUAUAACCAAAACAAUUGGAACAGAAUGGUUUCAUCAUGAAAGUGAAGUUGUCACAGAAUUCAAAAGCACCUGAGUAAUUAUACUAUAACAAUUAUUUGUCUUAGGGUUAGUAAAUAUUGUUGAAUAAUCCCCUAGACUUCAUGUGAGAGAUCACCUGUAUUCAAAUAUAUUCACUUUGCCUUUGGCAGAUAAUGAUUAAUUUUUCAAGUUGUUUUCUUUUUGAUAGCCCAACAACAAAGCAGUAGAAUGGGGAAGGGGAUACCAUAAUCUCCAGCUUGUUAUACCCUGCUGUUCUGCCUCUCUCUCAAAUGUAAUUUCCUCUCUCCAUUCAUUAACGAAACACUGAAGAUGACUCGUAAAAGAAUGUCAACUUUACAAUUUUGCUUCUUCUAUUCACCCUGAUGUCUUCCCCAUCUCUGCUACCCUGUUCUUUUCUCCCUCCCCAUCACUAUUCUUGAAGCAUUCAAAAUGCCCUCUCAUUGGAAAAUUGCUUCUGUGGAUUUCAGAAAAGUAAGAAAACCCAAAUGUUUCUGAAGUGUUGUUUACCAUAAAGAACAGGCCAAUUAGAAGUGAAGAUGAAAUUAAUUCAUUUCCUUUUCCAACAUAACUGCUCCAACUGGUUAACUCACAGUUGGUGAUGUCACCAUUACUUUGACUCAGGAAAAUUAUUUUUUUUCAUGGCACAUGAUAUGACAAGUAUUCUGGGUUAAUGAAAUAUUUAUUGCAAUGAAAUAAAUCUACCGCAUUUCCUAGCACAAUAUAACAUCUGAAUAAAUAAAAUAUUUAUUCCAAUGAAAUAAAUCUAGCACACAUUUUACAAUACUUUGCAAAUUAUUGCAGUACUUGUCCUAGCUCUAGAUUCCAUAUAUUUCAGCUUAAAUUUGUUACAUAUGGUAAUCUAUCACUUGGUUAGUUGAUGCCAUCAGCUGAGAAAAUGAAUA